AUGUUCUAUAGACGGUCCAUUUUUCUGACUAGCUCGUCAUCUAGCCGUUGUCUGAUUGGCUCGUCCUCUGGCCGUUGUCUGGUUGGCUCAACUCAGCUUUACACACCAGCCAUCGCCCCAGCACCGGCCAGGAACUACGCUCGGCCGGGCUGCACGAGACACGACUUACAGACUCGUGUGUUGGGCAUUCACGAGGCUAUAUGUUGUAUGCAAAUUGUAUGGUUCAGGCUCACCUGA